AUGGAAUGGAAAUGGCUGGGAAAGUUGGGGUCGGCGGCCGUGCUUGGAUUAGUUUGCCUCUUGGUAUCAUUAGCGGUAGUGUCGUCGGAGCGGAGCAUUGGAAUUGAGGGGUUGAGGGGGACAAAGCAUACUGUUCAGGAAGAGGAUAUUGAAUCUAAUUAUAUUGCAAACUCGCGUCUUUUUCUAUGGCAGACUGAUAAAAAUUCUUACAAACCUGUUUGGCCGCCCAUGGAAUUCGGGUGGAAAAUUGCGGUGGGUUCCAUGAUUGCGUUCUUUGGAGCAGCGUUUGGUAGUGUCGGGGGAGUUGGUGGGGGUGGAAUUUUCGUGCCCAUGCUCACUCUCAUCGUUGGUUUUGAUCCCAAGUCUACUACAGCAAUCUCAAAGUGCAUGAUUAUGGGUGCAGCUGGUUCUACUGUUUACUACAAUCUUAGGUUGAGGCAUCCGUCUUUACAUAUGCCCGUCAUUGACUAUGAUCUAGCUUUGCUCAUUCAACCCAUGCUUAUGCUAGGGAUCAGCAUCGACAUCAUUUUUAAUGUUGUCUUUCCUGAUUGGAUGGUCACUGUCCUCCUAAUUGUCCUAUUUAUGAACAAUUUAGGGACCUCGACCAAGGCUUUCAUGAAAGGUGUUGACACAUGGAAACUAGAGACAAUUCUUAAAAGGGAGGCUGCUAAACGCUUGGAAGACAUCGAGUAUGAACCUCUUCCUAUGACUCCUACUAACACUGAACAAAAAGGUGCAGCAGUGACAACAGAACUGGAGGUUCCACGUCUUCAAAAUAUAUACUGGAAGGAGCUCGGCCUGCUUGUGUUUGUAUGGAUGUCAUUUCUUGCACUACAAAUUGCAAAGGUUAGAGACUUGCGCCAUGAACUCUACAGCUACAUGUUCCACAUGGUAUUGGAUAUUAAACUUCUUACAGGUAUGAUGAACCUCUUCGCCUCCCGGUGCGACGGAGGUGGUUCUUCAAUGCUUGUUGUCGUCCAUGUUUUUACAAAUUUGGGAGAUCAUAGUUGCAAUCACUUGGAAAUACAGUAA